UCACAACGAUGAUAGCCUGUUUCCUCGGUAUCGAUCAUAUUUAACAUGUGAUUUAUACGCUUGAAAUUUCUAAUCGUAAUGUGACAGUGCUAUUUAUAAAAUUCUCGUUUGUCAAAUUAAAGGGAAAAAAAUGGACAUGAUGAAUUGAAACAUGACGCUUGUUCGACGGACGUGGCGGAAAUGAAAAAUGUUUUAGUCUACCUUUUUGUGUCGUGUGUGCUGUCUGAAAGUUUGAGAAACGCAUCGCCGAUUAAUUAGCGGUAACAUACCACAAGCGUACGUAUUCAUACGCGUGAUUCAGCUGACUUGUGCGAAGGGUGAGGGCGGGAUGUCGUUGAUCAGAACAUUGUGGAAGUGUACGUUCAGUCCACGGCUAUUCAAGAUCUAUGAGGUAACAUGGAUUGGUCAUUUGGUUGACAAGUCAUAUGAGCCCAAAAACUUGGAGCGAUGGGGCGAUCAAAUUGUAAUACCUUUUGCUGCGAUAUGGUCCAUAAGUCUCUACGCCAUACCAUUUGUUGCCACAUUUAUAUACCAGCGUAAUUAUUCCUUAAUGGACAAUGCUGUUUGUUUAAGUAAAUUAGCUGCUAGUGCUGGUGCAAUUCUUAUUGCUUCAUUGGCUGCACGUGGUUACUCUCGUAUCAAUAAUCCAGUAUAUGUGAAAUUUGUACAAACAUUGGCUGAGGCGCGCUCUCAAUAUAAUGAAAAAACAAAGCAAGAACUUCACAAGUAUGACUUUGAAUUCUGGGCUUGGCCUGUGGACUUUGAUGUGUCAGAAUUUCAAAGUGAUAAAACUGCAGACAAGUUGACAUUGGAAAAGAUUGGUAAGGCUAGUGGACGUCUGAGACAACAAAGUGGCAGAGAGUAUCUAUUUGCUAUACCAUGUAAAUUGUUCUCCUAUGUGGUGGCACAUACUUUGGCUAUUAUGUUAAUUUAUCCUGGUAGUUUAUCUGUCAUCAAUUGGGCACUAGGCUCCACAUUACUAAAAGGUAGAAUGGACUUGAUCAAACAAGGUGGGGAAAGAUUCAAAUUGGUGACCUCUGACAAAAAUCAAAUUGACGCGAUGUUCGUCGAUCGGCGUAACAAAAGCGCUAAUGGCAAUAUACUAAUUGUAUGUUGCGAAGGAAACUGUGGCUUCUACGAGACGGGCGUCAUAUCUACUCCUUUGAACAAGGGCUAUUCAGUAUUGGGUUGGAAUCAUCCAGGUUUCGGUGGUAGUACUGGCGCACCGUAUCCAAAUCAAGAAGAAAAUGCCGUCGAUUGUAUAAUGCGCUUUGCGAUCGAACAUCUGAAAUUCCCCGAAACGCAAAUCAUUCUAUAUGGCUGGAGCAUUGGAGGGUAUACCGCUACUUGGGCCGCAAUGAACUAUCCCUCUGUUCAGAGCUUGAUAUUAGAUGCUACAUUCGAUGAUGUACUUCCAUUGGCUAUUAAAACAAUGUCCCCAUCUCUAGAAGGAUUAGUCCGCAAUAUAAUUAGAGAUUAUUUCAAUCUGAAUGUAGCAGAGCAAUUGAAUAGAUAUAAUGGAACUGUAUUAUUAGUGAGAAGAACAGAGGAUGAAGUAGUUUCUAUUACUGAUACUUUAGCGGGAAAUCGUAGUAAUAUGUUGCUGACGAAAUUGCUUUUGAGACGCUAUCCGCACUUAUUUUCCGAUACAGCCGAGUCUAGUGAGCUUUUAACAAGAUUCUUAUCUGCUGAAGCUUCCGAUAAAGCAUCUAUAUUGGAAACGUCAAAUAUGGAAGAGAAAGUUUGCCUAGAAUUAAUAGCAGCUGAUAUACGCAAAAAUGAUGGGGUAAUAAGUUAUCCGUCUACUUUAGGACAAGACUGUAAUACUGAGGCAAAACUGAAGUUGGUUCUUUUCCUUGUGACAAUGUAUAUGAAAGAUCAAUCGUCAUCACAUUGUGCUCAAUUAAUUGUCGAUCUUUUUCAUCCGGGCUGGGAUCCAGCAUUCGCGAUUACUGUGAAAUAAUUUACGUGAUAUCUUAUUUUAUAAGUUACAACAGCUUUCAAAGAGAUUCUUAUUUAUAUAAUACAAUACGUGAACGGAUAAGAGCAAUAAUUAACCCUUUAUGAUCGGAUGGCGAAUUAGACUCACCAGAGUAGUAUAUUUACGUCUGCCUGAACUGUAUUUAACAGACACGCAAGUAAUUAAUUGUUUAUGUACUGAAAUAAAGUACAAUUCGUUUUUUUUUGCUUCAAGAUAUUAAAGUGCAACUAAAUUAAUAGUAUAAAUUUUUAAUAGGAAAUUUACUAAAUAGAAACCAAUCAAUUCGUGACAUACCAUCCUGUUGUGUGUCGUGAAAUAAUUACGUCCAGUGAGAUACUCAUCGCUGAGUGCACUUUGAUGGAUUUUAAAGGAUUAAUAUUUGCUAAAUGCAUUUUGAGUUA